GAGAGAGAGAGAGUGUGUGAUGAGUUUCGAAGCUCGAAGGAAUUCUUUCUUUCUAUCAACGGAGUUUUCUGAAAUCAAGACGUUGAAGAGCCUGUAAAUCUCUCAGGUUACUGCUAUGUGAACUUAACAAUGUGUCUUUUGUGAGAGGCAAUUGAAGUUUUUUUGCUGAAGCAGUAAAAUUGAAUUUGGCCAGGUAUGGGUGAGGGAGAUUCAAAGACUGAGGUGCCAGACUCAUCAGCAAAUGGGAAUUGUAUGCCGGAUAAGGUAGAUGAAGUUGUGACUAAGAAAGAGCAGGAAAGUGAUGGCGUGGAAGAAAUGGAAGAAGUUGAGGAAAGAGUUGAGAAAGUUGUGACUGAGAAAAUGGAUGACGACCAACACACAAACGAAGGCCGAGAAAGCAAUGGCAUGGCGAAAAAAGUAGAAGAAGAGAAAGAGAACCCAAAGGCCGAAUCUAUAGAAAAAGAUAGUGCUCAUCAGGAUACUGAAGAGGAGGAGGAACCGAAGGCUGAAUCAAUGGAACAAGAUAUUGGCCCAGCAGAAAACCGAGAUACUGAAGAAAAGGAGGAAGCUAAAGAAGAGGCAGAAGAGAAGGUUGAUGGGUCCGGUGCUGAAGAAGAAGAGAAAGUUGAUGCAUCCAAUGUUGAACAAGAAAAGAAGACAGAAAACAAUGAGGAAGAGAAAGGGCCAAAGAAACGUGGGAAAGAAAGGAGUGGUAGUCGAAAGAAGGGUGCUGGGGCGAAAGUGAAAGACAAUAGGAAGGCUGUAAAGGAGAAGGAGCCAGAGCAAAGAACACCUGCUACGGAUCGCCCUGUACGAGAGCGGAAAUCUGUUGAAAGGCUGGUGGCAUCUAUAGAGAGAGAUGCUGUCAAGGACUUCCUAAUUGAAAAGGGUCGUGGCAUCCCCCUGAAAGAUAUACCUAAUGUGGCAUUUAAAUUAUCAAGAAGAAAGAUUGAUGACACCUUCAAAUUGCUGCAUUCAAUUCUCUUUGCAAGGAGAGGGAAGGUAGUUCAGAUCAAGAGUAAUAUAUCCCGUUUUUCUGGUUUUGUGUGGCAUGAAAAUGAGGAAAAGCAAAAGACAAGGGUAAAGGAAAAGCUCGACAAGUGUAAUAAAGAGAAGUUGUUGGAGUUUUGUGAUAUACUGGACAUAUUUGUUGCCAAGGCUACUACAAAGAAGGAAGAUAUUAUUACAAAGUUGAUGGACUUUUUGGUUGCCCCUCAUGCUACAACAGAUGUGCUUCUUGCAGAGAAGGAGAAGCCAAGUAAGGGCCAAAAGCGCAAGAGGGUGACCAAAACUUCACCAAAAUCUGGAAUUGAAUCUUCAAAACGAUCAGCAAAGUCUUCAAGGAAAUCUGAGGAUGCGUCGAAGUCAGAGAAAAAGAGUUCUGUUGAUACAGAAGAUUCAGAAGAGGAAGUAGAAGAAAAAGAUGAAGAAGAACAGAGAGAAGGGGAAAACGGGAAUAAUGUUACUGAAAAAUCAGAUGAUGAGAUGCUUGAGCAUUCUGCGAGUGAGGAGAAAGACGAAUCUGAAGAUAAUUCUGAAGAGGACACAAGGAGAAACAAAAGCAGUUCCAAAUCUCCUGCCCAAAAGAAGGUACCUGCUGGAAAGUCCAGAAGAAAGGUGAUCACAGUGUCGAAUAAAACUAGUUCACCAUUUAAAAGGACACCUAAAAUGUCAUCAUCAAAACGCUCUAAGGCUGAUGAUGAAAGUGAUGCAAGGACAAAGGUUUCCUCAAGGAAGAAGAUUGAAAAAGUAGUGGAGGAUGAGAAAUCAACUCCAAGGAAAUCUGCAUCAAAGGAGAAAACUGGUAAAAAUGUGACAAAAAGGAAGGAGAAAGCAAAAGUGAAUAAGCCUCCAAGUGAUGGUCAGCUUAGAGAUGCCAUUUGUGAUAUUCUUAAAGAAGUGGACUUUAAUAUGGCGACAUUCACCGACAUUCUGAAGCAACUUGCUGGGCAGUUCAAUACAGAUCUCACCCCAAGAAAGUCAUCCAUAAAGCUCAUGAUCCAGGAAGAACUUACGAAACUAGCCGACGAGGUAGAUGAUGAAGAUGGAGAAGAUGCAGUAGCUACUGGCCAAGAGAAUGAAGCCUCACCUGCUGAAGUGAAAGUUCAGUAAUUACUAGUUAACAUGCCCUCUUUUACAUUCACUUCAGCAGUUGUCUAUGAACUGUUUAGGCACUUACAAAAUAACUGUAGUCUAUUUAUGGAUAGUGUUCAUUUUGCCUGUAAGCAAAGUAGGAUUUCUUAGAAACCUGUAAGAGGAAGUGAAGCUGCUCGAGCAAGGCCGCCGAGCUGCAGUUUCGUAGAUGUUUUAAAUUGUUACUUUUGUACACGUGAACGUAUAAUGUAACUUACCUUUUGUAUGACAUACUGGAAACUUGGGUUUUCCUUCUC